AUGUCGUUGGCGAUGGUGAUCGAAGCCACUCGGGCCAUCUUUCAUGCUAGACCAGCAUCACUCGGAUGGAAGAGGCAAAGUGAUGAGUCGGAUAAAUUGGGAUCAUUGUUGCAACAACAUCCAAACGGAUAUAUCGGUGGAUUAGUAGAAAUGUGGUUGAAACGAGAUUCUUUGAUUGAAAUUGCUGAUAGCAAAGAUGUCUACCGUCAGCGUGGCCUUCGUAGCGUUGUCGAUACAAUUGCUGAUGUUCUGCGAGAGGAUAAUACGUCAUUCAAUCCAGUAUGCCGUGCGUCUUUGAUUUUUGCUUGUGGUCUGGUAUGCUCGACCCUCGAGGGCAUUUUCGGUCGUCCAUGUCAGCGAAUUGAUGAGCUCAUCAAAAAUACAGGUCUUGACCGUCUUACCGCAAAUGAGCUGAUUUGCAGAUUGAGCAAAGGAAUUUCAACCCCUCAUGCUGAUGCACGAUUGUCUACUAUCUUGCAUAAUCUCAACGCUCUGCCAGUUGUGGAAACACUAAGUGGUCAAGGCAAUAAAGAUGCAAAACACGAUGGAAACAGUACGUGUGAGAACCUCAUGAAUUUUGAGCUCGCUGAGGUCCCAUCGUUUCUCACUGAGGCUGCGAAAAGUUCGACAAGCCAAGAAGAAACCUCUGAUAUCAAAGAAUCUGGUUUCAAACGCUGCUUUGCAAACGAUAGUGACAACAUCGUGAGCCAAUCGCUAUGCGAAAAUAAAGCUGGGCUUGACAAUCCGCCGUCAGAAGAGAAUGUCCAAGGAAGUGAUAAGGCGGCGGCAAGCGAUCACAGUUCGGAUCUUAAUGACGUUUCCUCAGUGGCACCAUCCCGGUCAGUGUGCGAACAAGUGGAAACUCUGAUGGCCGGAGUUAAGUACUGCAAGGAACGCGACCAUGGUAAGGAGAAAAGGCGAAUUAAAGAGGCGUCCGAAAAUCUCCAAAAAGUGGAUACUCGGAAUGUGCCUGUUACUACCGCCACCGAGAACAAAGAAGAGCAUCAUGUUAUUGAAGAAGAAAAACGAAGGAUGUCAGAUGAAGUAGCAACUGGGGAUGUAGGAGAAAUUUCACAAGAAGAAACAACGGGCGACGGUCAUGCAGUGGUUCCUAGUGAAAUUGACGUUGAAGCUGAGGUGGAAACAGUCAUGGAGCCGAAGCGGUUAGAAUGUGCUAAAAUUUUAUCCGAUGAUCAUCUUGAUUGCUCGCCAAACCAAGAUCAAUCACUCAGAACGAAAUGGCUUCCCGAUAACGGAUUCUGUACUUCCAACAGUCCUGACAACUUAGUGGAACCAGUAGAUGAUGGCAGAAAAGAUUGUGCAGAAGCCCCCAUCAUUUCUGAGCAGCCGAGUACUGAGGAAAAUGAAUGGAAAUCGUUCACUGAAGGUGAAGAUAUUACUUCUUCAUGGAAAAGCGCUUCUGCUCCGUUGGACGAUGUCCCAGAUGCAAAGGUUGAAAAGUGUGCCACUGAAGAGCAAAUAAAAGCAGAUGAGAUACCAGUCCUAAAUCCUGCGGCAUCGCAAAAGAAGAAUGAAACUGAAAUGCUCCUCUCAACUGGCAAUGAGACUAAAAGAGCUGAACAUGCAUCGCCAACAAUGGAUGGAGGAAAGACCAUGGUGAAAGACACCCCUUUUGCGCCACCGAUAAAACGUGUGAAUACGCCUGAGAAGCCUAUCAUUUCCUUUGAUGCGGACGACAACCCUGAUGGUUUUGACGGCGACCAAUUUGACCGACCGAGGGUUUUCACAACAACGCACGAAACGGUAUUUUGCACCAAGACCUUUGAUGAGGAGGAUGUGUCAGAUCCAUCUACAGAUGAUGACAUCGCUGGAGUUUUCAUGCGCUCUGCAGGUCGCGAUGCAGCUAUCGAAAAGAGGCCAAGUAUCAAUGGCUGUGAGCAGCCUCCUGAAUUGAAGGCGAAGUUCGCAGCUCCACCCCAGGCUGUUAAUCAGGUGGUUAGAACCGAAAAUCCGUUGCCAGACGAAGAAGUCAUUUCCGAUGUCGCUGCAGUGAAUUUGCGUUUGCAUAAGAAUGACGAAAAGGUGCAAGAUGAUACUGCAACAAAAAUUCGCAGAGAGUCAGAGAAUACUGGCACUAAUGUAAACAAAAGUCGCAGAGAAUCAGAGAGUCUUACACCCAAAGAGGAGAAGACUUCUAGUCAAAAGAAGCCGGCAAAAGACGACGACGACGGCUGGGAUGAUGGUGAAGCAGUCAAGCAAACGUUUGCUCAAGAUACAAAAGAACAGGUGAAAAGGCAGGAGGAUUCAAGGCCAUCUCCACCACAGACGAGAUUUCUGUCUGGAGGAUUCGAAUCGACUGGGUCAGGAUUUGGUGGUUUUGGAGGUGGACAUUCAGAAAAGGAGAAUUCGUCUUAUGGAUCGCAUGGUUCCUUUCGUGAACGAAAGAACAGCUAUGAAAGUGAGAGAAGUGGCGGAGGCGGAGGUAGGGGCGGAUUUCGCGGUGGUGGAAGGAUGGGAGGUCGCGGCUACGACAGUGCGCCAAGAGAUAACUACAGGGAUCGGGACCGAGACAGCCGUGACGGAUUUCGUGGACGUGGCGGAUAUGGAGGAAGCGGUCGAGGCUCACGUAGCUAUGAAGGCCGCGGAGGAUUUCAUGGAAACAGGGCUUAAAGCAGCAGCUGUGCUUUGCGCCGCUUCUGUUUUCCUAGUAUGCUAUAUCAUAAAAGCCUUUGUUUAUUGAAGCUUUUGUUCCUCUGUUGCAAGCAUAAAUCAAUCACUUCGUUGCCAUCAUUAUCUCAUCUCAGGAUUUAAUAUGUCUUGAAAUUGUUCUGCAUUGUGUUCUGUUCGCUGUGAAUUAAUCAGUGACAAUGAUUAUUCGACGCACUUUUUGCCCACAUAUUCUGCAUGCUUCUCGAAUUUCUCGCUCAUCGCACUUGCUUAUCACUUUUUCGUUUCCGUAGUUAGUUGUGAUUAUUCGGUCGU